AUGACGACGAGGUAUCGGGUUGAAUAUGCGCUGAAGACGCAUAGGCGGGAUCAGUUCAUUGAAUGGAUCAAAGGCCUCCUCGCCGUCCCAUUCGUUCUGCAUUCGCAGCCUACAGGCGUCUUUGAGACUCGAAAGAACACGGUCGAGCAGAUGGCUGAGCUGGCGCAUCGGCGAUAUGCGGAGAUUAUGCUGGAUGUGGAGCAUAUGAUCGACGACCACAUCGAACACCAAAAGGUCAAUCUUCAAGGCCAAUCCAAGCUCAAGCUCCUUGUCCCCAGCAUCGGCACCUUCUUUACGCGGCUGCCGCUGGCUGAUGCAUUCCGGUAUCAAGAUAGGAAACGGUUCAUCUCAUCGAGACGAUUCGUGCCGCCGAGUUUCAACGAUAUCAGGUUGAUUAUGAACACGGCUCAGCUCAUGGGGUUGAUGGCGAGUGGGCAAUUGGACUUGGCGACUUUCGAUGGUGAUGUUACGCUGUACGACGAUGGAAAGAGUCUGGAGCCAUCGAACCCGGUAAUCGAGCACCUCAUGAGCAACAACACCAAGAUUGGUAUCGUGACCGCAGCCGGCUACACGGAAGCAGAGCGCUACUACGGCCGUCUUCACGGCCUCCUCGAAGCCGUCAAGGCCUCCCCACUACUCACCGAGCCCCAAAAGCAAAACCUCAUGAUCAUGGGUGGCGAGUCCAACUUCCUCUUCACCUAUAACGCCUCCUCCCCGUUCCUGCUCCAACACCUACCCCGCCGCUCCUGGAUCCUGCCGAGCAUGUCGACGUGGACGCAGCCGACCAUCACCACGCUCCUCGACGUCGCCGAGUCGUCGCUGCGGGAGUGUGUCCAAAAUCUGUCUCUGCAAGCGACGAUCCUGAGGAAGGAGAGAGCCGUGGGAAUCAUUCCUUCCGUGGCCGGUUCGAAGUUCCCGCGCGAGAGUCUAGAGGAGACGGUGCUGGUUGUGCAGAAGAAGCUCGAGAUGAGCGCGGUGGGACGGCAGCUUCCGUUCUGCGCUUUCAACGGCGGCAACGAUGUCUUUGUCGACAUAGGCGACAAGAGCUGGGGCGUGCUAGUGUGCCAGGAGUAUUUCGGGCGCGGAGAGCCGAUCAAGGGAGAGAGGACACUGCAUGUGGGCGACCAAUUCCUCAGCGCUGGGAGCAACGAUUUCAAAGCCCGGGUCGUCGGCACAACGGCCUGGAUUGCCUCUCCAGAAGAGACAGUAGACCUCCUCGACGAACUGAGCUCGAUGAUCAAGAAUAGGCAGGAAGGAAAAGAAUCGGAGGCCACGGCAGAAGGCUUGGACGGCGGGCUAGAGAAGCAUCUGCUGGAGAGGGUUGAUCGGCUGUUUGAGCGUCAUCCCAUGCCGCCGGGUACUGGGGAGGAGGAGACGAAGUGA